AUGCCAGCAGGGACAGCAUCGGGCGGCAGCACGGCGACGAGCCAGGAGGCCCGGGAUUCGGACGGGCCCACAGGCGGCUCCGAAAGCCCGACUGGUGGCCCCACAACGCCGGCCAAGUCCGCCGGCGCUGCUCCGGCACUGAACAGGGAUCUCCGUUUCUGGGCCAUCCUCCUGGCCAUUGGCUUCUCGGGACUGCUCAGCGCGCUCGAAGCCACCAUCACGUCGACGGCACUGCCCACCGUCAUCGCCGAGCUGGGGGGCGGCGACCUCUACAUCUGGGCCGUCAAUGGAUACUUCCUGGCCAUGACUUCACUACAGCCCAUGUUUGGGCAGUUGGCCAAUGUUUUUGGGCGUCGGUGGCCAACCAUCUGCGCCACGGCUGCCUUUGUGCUCGGCAGCGGCAUCUGCGGCGGUGCCACGGGGAUGGGCACGCUCAUCGCCGGCCGGGUUGUCCAGGGCAUCGGAGCUGGCGGGAUCAACGUCCUGGUUGAGAUUAUCAUCUGCGACCUGGUUCCCCUGCGUGAGCGCGGCACCUACUUUGCCAUCAUCUUUGGCCUCGUUGCCAUUGGGACGGCCCUCGGCCCUUUCUUUGGCGGGCUCAUUGUUACGUACUCGAGCUGGCGCUGGGUUUUCUACCUCAACCUUCCUGUAGGUGGCCUCGCGCUGCUGCUGCUCCUUGUCUUUCUCAAUGUGAAGCACAACAGGGAGAAGACGCUCGCUACCCGCUUGACCACUAUUGACUGGGUUGGCAACGUCAUCUUUGUAAGCUCCAUCUGCUCGAUUCUCAUUGCCUUGUCCUGGGCGGGCGCCAUACAUCCCUGGUCAUCGUACCAGGUGCUCACUCCCCUCAUCGUUGGGUUUGCCGGCCUCGUCGGCUUCGUCUUUUUCGAGGCAUCGGCCCUCGCGCCCUAUCCAACCGUUCCGCUCCACCUGCUGUCGAAUCGAACCAGCGCAAUAGUCUUUUUCCUCACCUUGAUGCACAGCAUCGUCACCAUGUGGGCUAUCUACUUCCUGCCUAUCUACUUCCAAGGCGUCCUCGGCUCCACGCCGUCACGAUCGGGGGUGCAGCUACUGCCUACCAUCCUCAUCCUCAUCCCCUUUGCAGCCGCGGGCGGCGCCCUCAUGUCCAAGCUGGGCCGCUAUCGCCCCAUCCAUCAGGCGGGCUACGCGCUUAUGGUGCUUGGAUUCGGCCUGUUCACCAUUCUUGAUGAGAACUCGAACACGGGCACUUGGGUUGGUCUUCAGAUCGUCGAGUCCGCGGGCGCCGGGCUCAUUGCUCCAACCUUGCUGCCCGCCGUCAUGGCACCGCUGGCCGAGUCCGACACCGCCCUCGCCGCCGCAACCUGGGCCUUUUUUCGAUCGUUUGGCCUAACUUGGGGUACGGCCAUCCCAGCUGCCAUCUUUAACAACCGCUUUGACCAGCUGGCUGAGACCGAAAUCACCGACCCAGUCCUCCGGAGCAGGCUGACUGGCGGGAGAGCAUACGAGAGUGCCACCGCCGCCUUUCGCAGCACGCUUCCCGAGGCAACUCGCAACGAGUUUACCCGCGUUCUUGAAAUGAGUCUGCAACGCACUUGGCAGGUUGCAAUAGGUUUUGCGGCACUAGGCUUUCUACUUGUCUUCCUUGAGAAAGAGGUGCAUCUCCGGCAAGAACUAGAGACUGAAUUUGGCAUGGUUGACAAGAAGAAUGGUGAGGAGAAUGUAGAGGAGGCAAAGGAAGUCAAGGAUCCAGAUCCGCAGAAGCAAAACACUACCUGA